CGGCCGCCUUCAUUGACUGCGUUUUCAUUUGGCUAUCGUCCUCUUCAAAUUCGCUUGGAUCUUCAAUGGCUUACAUCGACUGAAACUCAUGAAUGGUCGUCGCUCGAAAUGGUAAAGCCCCUUAAGAACCCAUCUCUAAUUCAUUCCCGGAAGCACUGUGCUUUAUUUGGUUCUCACCAAAAUUACAGAUUUUCAUCGAAACCAGACGUUUCUUCUGAUUUUCGUUUAUCAUCUGGGCGAAAAGAUUUCUCCCACCUAGUUUCUAAGGUUUGUGGGAUCUUAAGUGGGCCUCAGUGGAGACGCAGCUCCGAACUUACAUCUCUGAGCUCAGAACUCACACCCCAUCACGUCUCCAGGAUUCUCGAUAUUCACAAGGAUUCAGAAACUGCAACGCAGUUUUUCUACUGGGUUUCUAAGAGACCCUUUUACAAACACAGCGUGGAUUGUUUCAUUGUGUUGUUAAAUCGGCUUCUUCGUGACCAACUCUUUGCGCCCGCUGAUCAUGUAAGGAUACUAAUGAUCAAGGCUUGUCGAAACGAGGAAGAAAUCACAAGGGUGUUGGAUUUUCUGAAUGGGAUCAGUGUAAAGGGAUUCGCCUUUAGUUUGUAUACCUACAAUACGUUAUUGAUUCAGUUGGGUAAGUUUGAGAUGGUAACCGCCGCUCAAAAUGUGUAUACACGGAUGCUGAGCGGUGGGGUGGAACCUAGUCUAUUGACAUUCAAUACCCUGAUCAAUAUACUGUGUAAGAAGGGAAAGGUUCAAGAAGCUGAGGUCAUUUUAAGUAGGAUUUUUCAGUAUGAUUUGAAGCCUGAUGUUUUCACCUACACAUCUUUUAUUCUUGGUUGUUGUAGGAACCAUGAUCUAGAUUCAGCUUUCAGGUUUCUCGAUCGUAUGCUCAAGGAGGGCUGUGAUCCAAACUCGGUGACAUAUUCUGUCUUGAUUAAUGCUCUAUGCAAUGAGGGGAGGAUAGAAGAGGCACUGGACAUGCUCAACGAAAUGAUUGAGAAAGGUGUUGAACCUACAGUAUAUACGUAUACUGUCCCUAUUAGUUCAUUAUGUAAGACUGGUCGUGCCAAGGAGGCCUGUGACCUGAUGGCUGAUAUGAGGAAGAGGGGGUGCUACCCAAAUGUGCAAACCUAUACGGCUCUCAUCAGUGCAUUGUCUGAAUCCGGUAAGCUUGAGGUGGCAAUUGGAUUAUACCAUAAGAUGUUGAAAGAUGGUCUGGGUCCAAAUGCAGUUACUUAUAAUGCCUUGAUAAAUGAGUUGUGUGUGCAAGGAAGACAUGAGUCGGCUCUCAAGAUUUUUGUCUGGAUGGAGAAACGUGGUGGCUUGCCAAACACUCAGACUUACAAUGAAAUUCUAAAUGGGUUUUGUUCAAUGAGUAAGAUUGGGAAUGCAAUGCCUCUCUUCAAUAAAAUGUUGAAGGUCGGUCCCUCUCCAACACUAAUAACAUAUAACACACUCAUCAAAGGAUACUGCAAGAAGGGUAAGCUGAACAAUGCGAUGAGAGUAUUGGAAAUUAUGAAAGGGAAUGGAUUUGAUCCAGAUGAAUGGACUUAUACUGAGCUUGUUUCUGGAUUUUGCAAAGGGGGCAAGUUGGAUGUGGCUUCUAAUCUUUUUAACAAAAUGAUGGAACGAGGUUUAAGGCCAAACCAGGUCAGCUAUGGAGCUUUAAUUGAUGGCUACUCUAAGGAGGGAAAGGUGGACGUCGCUUUGUCCUUAAUGGAGAGGAUGGAGGAAAAUGUUUGCAACCCUAAUGUAGAAAUAUACAAUGCCAUAAUUAAUGGUUUGUCCAAAGAGAACAGGCUAUCUGAAGCAGAGAAACUCUGUAACAGAAUGGUUGACCAAGGACUGUUGCCGAAUGUCAUUACCUACUCAACUUUGAUUGAUGGGCUGUGUAGGAAUGGUAGCACCCAUCAUGCAUUUAAGAUCAUACAAGAAAUGGAGAAGUGCAAUUGCCCUCCAAAUCUCUACACUUACAGUUCAGUAAUUCAUGGUUUGUGUCAAGAAGGCAAUGCCAUGGAUGCAGAGGCUUUAGUAAAAGAAAUAGAGGGAAAAGGGCUGGUUCUUGAUGAGGUUUUAUAUACUUCUAUCAUUGAUGGUUUUGUUAAGUUGGGUAGGCUAGUGCAUGCAUUCUCACUUGUACAGAGGAUGAUUAACAUGGGCUGCAGACCCAACUACCGAACGUACAGUGUGUUGAUCAAAGGGUUGCUUAGGGAACGCUAUUUGCUUUCAGAGAAUUGUGUGCACCAGGAUGAAGCAGUUUAUAUGUGCAACUUGCAUGAGAAGGAUAUGAGUUUUGAGGUGGUAUCUGAUCUUUUGAUUAGGCUGUUAGAAAAUGGAUGUGAGCCUACCAUUGAUACCUACAGUACUCUUGUGAUCGGUUUGUGUAAAGAAGGAAAGUAUAAUGUAGCAGAUCAGCUGGUGACAAGCAUGAAAGAAAAAGGCUUGUCUCCAAAUAAAGAAAUAUAUGGUUCUUUACUAUUUGCUUGUUGUAAGAAUUUGAAUGUUGAUCUUGCCCUAGAAUUCUUUAAUACGAUGGUGUUCAAUGGUUUUAAGCUGCAUUUGGAUAUGUAUAGAGAAUUGCUUUGUGCUCUCUGCAAAGCAAGCAGGGUGGAAAAAGCUCAAGAAAUUUUUGACGGUAUACUUGAAGGACAGUGGAAUCCGGAUGAGAUUGUUUGGACAGUCCUGAUUGAUGGGUUGCUGAAGGAGGGUGAGCCAGAUGUGUGCAUGAAGUUUCUUCACAUUAUGGAAUCUAGGAAUUUUCCUCCCAAUUUCCAGACUUAUGUUAUCUUGGCCAGGGAAAUCUCCAUGGAAGAUAAAUCUAUUGAAGCAGGUGGGAUUGCUGAUAAAUUGAGAGUUUGAAAGUUAUCAUAUUUUGUUGAGAUGACCUUACUAUGUGAGGUGUUGAAACUUGGCACAUAUCCGAUGAAGGAGAUCAUCAUCUGUUGAUUGGCUGUAGUAAUCUGAUCAUUGAGGGCUGCUUUUUUUUCCUCGCCCAAGAGACAUGUACAUUAAUUUCUGAGAUUAACCAUUGUGUGGCUCCAUCAUUGAUAGCUGCAUGAGAGAUGUACAUAAUUUGUUUCUCUGAAGUUUGGUACUGGACUUGCUCAAAUACUGGAAGGGGUACAAGGCGUGGGUAUACUAAGAGAGGAACAUGUUCAGGCUCAGAUGUGUUUGAUUUGUCCAAUGCAUAACAAUUAUUUUUUGAUGGAGCUUUGCUGCAUUAACAAGAAGGUACAUCACAUUGAAUUAUUUUUGUUUGUAUACCUCACUAACUAUCCAUUCAUUUUUGAGUAACUAAUAAAUAGCAUCCAGUAGGCAAAUAUUAAUCAGUCAUACACCAAUAACGAUUUACGUGUUAUUCAUGUCGAUAUCAUGAUUCCAAAUUCCCAGUUGCAACUGUAAUUAUGACUUGCGAAAAAAAAUUAUACUAGUGGAUGUUGUCUUCUCA